UAUUGAUGAAAUUUUAUUUUAAAAACUUAUGUAACGGGGCGCUGACAGUCGUCCUGUAGAAUUUUUAAGUUUUUUCACCAGCUGAUUAAACCUAAACAUGGAGUUCUAUAAUCCAUACCGGAAGGAUGGACAUAUUUUUCGUAUCCUAUCCGGGCCGGGAUAUUACGACCAACCAGAAGGAAAAGAUCCUGUGGGAAAACUCUGGGGUAUCAAUAAAUAUGCGAUCGCCUCGGCACUAUUUUUUGGAACUACAGAUGCUAUUAUGUUGACUCAAGCUAAAAAUAUUGCGGAAACAGCAAAUAUUCUUGGAUACUAUUUCGUUCCCUUCGUGGGAUUAGCAUCAGCAUUCGCAGGUGUGACUUACAUAGCAACAGAUCUGAGAGGAAAAGAUGACAAGUGGAAUUACGCUGCUGGUGUGGUAGCCUGUAUGCCAGUCCUUUGGGCUUGGAAGCAGACGACGUCAUUCACUCUCUGGGGAACAGCAUUGCUGAUGUUCGCAGCUCUAGCUAAAAAAGAUUCGAAACAAACUGAUUGGAAAUUCUUCAAUUGGCAUGAUCACUACGAGUACGGAAAUUACAAAUACGAUUUUUCAAUAGUUAAAUCUGAGUGGCCAAGAAGACCUUAUUAAUUAAAUCAUAUUAUUGAUUAAUUAAUUAAUUAAUUAAUAUCUAAAUAAAGUUCACUACAGAACUAGAAGUCUUGGUUUAAUUUACUAAACUAAAAAUAUAUAAUUGCUCUGAAACCACGACUUUAAAUAGUUAUGUAAAUUUAUAUUAGCAAUUAAUUUAAUCGAUAUAUUUAUAUGUUGAUCAGAAUAUAAAUAAAAACAAUUAAAUCUUC